AUGUCGGCGGAACCCAAACUAAACAUGCUCCAUGCACCAGAUACCACGGAGGCAGUUGUUGACAUAAUUGCUGUCCAUGGACUGAGCGCCCAGGCUUCCUCGUGGUUAUCACUGUUGCUUCCUCGCGACUUGCCUGGCGCCAGGAUUUUCACCUUCGGUUACGACUUCGCCCUCAGGGGCACUGAUCCAAUCGAGAAGCAGGGCCAUCGCCUGCUGGAGGCCCUUUACCAAUCACGAAGUGCCGACAAUACUCUUGACCGCCCGCUGGUCUUCAUCGCCCAUAGUCUAGGAGGUCUCAUUGUCAAACAGGCAUUGAUUUGCUCACAAACACGUGCGGACGACCUAGCUUCCCGCGAUGUGCAAGCCCGCAACUUCGCCCAGCAUACGAAAGGCAUAGUCUUCAUCGGUACUCCCCAUUGGGUCAACGAGCGUCCCGACCGAGCCAUCUGGAAGUUCCUCAAGCUCUGUGACAGGGACGCGGACUUUGGUACCCUGGAAAAAAGGCUUUACGACAUCCUGCCAUCUGCUCAGUCAAUCACGACAAACUUCUGGGAUUGUGUCAACGCAAAUACCUCGCAUAUCAAUUUGAUAUCUUUCUUUGAAGAAGUGGACACUCCUGAUCUCGAACCUAAUAGUUCGAGUCUCCCUGAUUCUAAGAUGGCUAAUGUCGUCAUGAAAGAGGACACUACUUGCCAAGGUUUCAAUAGUACUCCGAUACACGGUAAUCACCUGAGCAUAUGGGAGUCUCUCUCUGCUAAGCCCGUCAAUUACCGUCGUGUCCUUGGAGCAGUCAAAAGUCUGACAUUCCCUUUCUAUCUUCACGGCACAAAAUCACCCGGAAACGAUGAUACUGAUCCUCGGGCACUCCUUCAGACACUCCUUCAAGUUGAAGAUGGUCGUCAACGCAUUGCUCCGCCAGCUAACGGUACCUUCUCUUGGCUUUGCAAGAAUUCGGUCGUCGAACAAUGGUUCCAAAAGGGUCACAGAGGGAUCCUCUGGAUCAAUGGAAAAGCAGGCUCUGGGAAGUCGACAUUGAUGAAACAUAUUCUGGAUCAUGGGAAUUUUCCGGACGCCGAUAAAGCCCCAGUCCUCAUAGCUUCAUACUUUUUUGACCCUUUCACAGACGGGACCGGGCGAUCAGUUCCUGAGUUCUACCGCGCUUUGUUGCAUCAACUUUGGAAUCAAGCAAAACUUCUCCCUUGUGAGCAUGAUAUCCUGGAUUCAGCUGCAUUGCAUUUCGCCAGCCAGUUACGAGGAAAGUGGGUGAACGAGCCCUCUCUUUUGGUCGAUCAGCUCAACCUUCUUUUGUCCGACAUAGGCCAACACCAUCCAAUCUAUAUCGUCAUUGACGCAUUGGAUGAAUGCGCAAAAGACGAAAUCACGAGCAUCCUAGAGUUUCUGCGCCAAGCACUAGGCCAAGCACCACCAAGUCAUUUACGCAUCUGCGUCUCCUCGCGAAAUACGUUCUCUUGCAGCGAGGACGACCUGAGGGUUUUUGUUGAUCAAGAGAACGCAGAGGACAUUGUCAAUUUCACUGAGGCCCAAAUCGAAAUCAGCGACGCAAAGAGCGGGAAUUCCUUCUCGCGCUUCAAAGAUGAAGUUCUCAAUAUCAUCCUUGAAAAGGCCGCUGGGAUCUUUUUAUGGGUUUCUCUGGCUCUACACAUCGUCUGCAACGAAACUAAAGACAGUUCAGACAUUAUACAUAUCCUCAGAAGCUUACCGACUGAUCUGACUAGUGUGUACCAAAGAAUCCUUAGAAACAUCUAUGGAGAAAAGCAACAAAUUCAACUCCAGGUUUCCCAAAUAUUAUCUUGGGUGCUUUUUGCAAGACGACCUCUCUCGGUCCAAGAGAUUGGUGCAGCGCUUUCGUUUGCGAACAAUAAACGUUUCCACGGCUAUGAAAUCCAAGAACGGUCACUUGAUGCAGAGCAGCUCUACUGUGAUUCAGUUCCCAAGCUCGCCACGACUUUUGUUGACUGUACUUGGGGGCUGGUCAAAAUCAUUUGCAGCAAAUAUGGCCGUAUCUCCAAAACCUGGUCGACAGCGAACCACUUCGAGGUUCAUCUACUACACUCAAGUGUACAGGACUUUUUGAUCGAAUCUGAGUUUUUCACCAUACACUCGAGCCACAGGUCAGGGGCGGAAGCCGGAGCCGUCCAAAAUUUGCACUUUUCUCGUAUCUGCCUUGCGUACUGUGGCUGGUAUCAGGAGGUUUACAGCCAUACGGAGACUGACGAACAGAACCUGAAUAGUGCUUUCCCAUUCUUGGACUAUUGUUCAACAUUCUGGCUCAAACAUCUGCAGAUUGCAGAUGUCAGCGCAGCUUCUGGGGAGCUCUGGACACAAUCCUUCCCCUUUCCUUCGGAGGAAUUGCUUCUCUCCUGGUCUCGGGCCUUGGUAUUGGUGGGGAAAGGAGUGCAGCUUUACCGAUCAUCGUCUCUCUUGCAUAUUGCGUCGUACUACAACUUGUCACGAUUGCUCCGCGUAUGGCUACAGAGCUUGAAAAUCGCGUUGAAAGGUCGUCAUUCUCAUGAUGAACCCCAAGAGAACCCUAAAGCGGCAGCAUCACCAUGGGCUGAGACUGUCAAAAACUAUUCAAAUCUGAAACAGCUUAUUGAUCAAAUCGACGCGGAAGGCAGAACACCAUUGUCGCUUGCAUGUGAGGCCGGGAACCUGGAGAUUUGUAAACUCCUCAUCCAUUAUGAUGCAGAUUUACAUUCCGUGGACCCAAAAUACGGAUAUUCACCACUGAUGUGGGCAGUUGCAGCCGGAGAUGCGCUGAUAGUCAGGCUGCUCCUCGAUGCAGGCGCUGACGUGAAUGACCAUCGAAGUGGGACAACUCCAGUUUCCCUGGCCGCCACAGCAGGCAAUGCAGGAGUUGUUCAGGUAUUACUGAAGUAUGGUGCAAACGUGGGCGCAAAGUGUCCGGCAAAUCAAGCAUCUUCACCUCAAAUAUGGUCUCAAGAUAAAGCAGACAUCACUUCUCGCCUUCUUGCUCGCGGCAAAUUGAUGACAGUCGCAGGCCGCUUCAAUCUUACCCCAUUGCACCAUGCUAUAUUGAGCUCCGAUCUUUCCACGAUUAGUCUACUCCUCAUGGCAGGGGCUGAAGCGACAUUUGGCCACGAAGGUGCUCUAUCUCAGCAUCGAUCCUCGUGGCUUGACCGUAUGAUACUGAGCAUGCGCCACGACUCUUUUUCAGUGGUUUGUGCAGUAUCACAGCCCUGUCCUGAAACCAACGGCAGAGGCAGCAAUUCAACCAGAGGCAACGGCUCCAACUCAGCUCGGUACCCUCAUUCAGAUAGCCUUGGGAAGAGAAAGCAGGCACCCGACGGGCCCCCGGGUGACGACGGCGACGAUGACCUUGAGCGUCGUCCACCGCAUAAACGACCGAACCCUUCCUCUCAGAAUGAUAGGUCAAUGGAAACCAAGUCGAGACAAAUAUAUGCUUGUCCCUACUUUAAAUACGCUCCGCAUCGCUACACAUCGCAAAGGGCGUGUAGCACCCAUGGCUGGCCAGACAUGAAUCGUCUCAAGCAGCAUCUACAUCAGAAACACUAUAUCUUUCUCUGCGACAGAUGCGGCACAAGACUUGGAAGUGACAAGGAGAAGCAAGAACACCGCAGAGCUCUAGAGGCGUGUGCAUUCGUCCCGAUCGAGCAGCGACAGCGAGAUUUUGCCGAUGGGUUUGACGACGAUCAAAGAACCAGACUUCGUGACAAAACGAUGAAGAAAAACAAGGCCAACAACAACGAAAAGGUUUAUUGGGAGGAGGUUUAUAAGACCUGUUUCCCGCAAGUCACCGAAAUUCCUUCACCUUAUUUCGAAGCGGAAGCUGCAGACACACGAUACAAUACGUUUCUGAUACAGAGACUGCGGCGUUCUCCAUCAGCACGGAGUCUGAUUACAGCGCGUGUCGGCCAAGAAGUAGCUGGCCAGUUGAUCGGUGACUUCAUGGGUUUUGUGGACGACACUCAUAGACGAUUCCUGAACAUUGGUGGAUCAGGCACUCAAUCGCAGCAGGGAAGCUUCGCUACAAUCGAAAGUGCAUCCCGUCAACCCUCGACCCUGCCUCAACCUCCAGCGCAAUAUGAAGCAAGCCCUGAGUUUCACGCCAUGCUCCAAGGACCUCCUGCAGACCCCGGCUUUGUAACCGACUCCGGUGUCGACCUGCAAGAUUUGGAGUGCCCUUCACUGGUACCGGAUCCGCAAGUGCAGCCAGGUGGACAGAUGUCCCUGUCAAAUCCAAUAGGGGAACCAAACUUUUCGCAGACCCCAAAUCCAGAUCAGUCGCCCUGGUCACCUUAUGUCUUUCAAACACCUUCCUGGCCGUCAGGUCCUGCAAAUAGUAAUGUUAGAUAUCUUUACGAUUUCACGACCCCGAGAAUAGCCAGUGAUGUGGUCUACAAUAUCUUUCAAAACAACCACCAACACCAACCGCAAUAUCAAUAUGCGGCGACAGACAGUCCUCAGGGCCCGUAUCACCAACAACAUUCACUCCCUUCCCAACAAGGGCCUUUCUCUGGUCGUGCUAUGCAGGGCACACUCCUCCAUCAUAACCCGCAAAGACCGCCCACCAGCUCGAAUCCAUUAAGACAGAAAGACAGUAUGCGUUGA